GAGUCAGUUCUUCCGCGGGGCGGAAAAGGCUUGCCUGCCUGUGUCUCUACCAUUUUUACUCACCUUUCCUUGCAGGGCUCCAUGAGUAAGCUGUGGCGGCGCGGGAGCACCUCUGGGGCAAUGGAAGCUCCUGAGCCGGGGGAAGCGCUGGAGUUGAGUCUGGCCGGUACCCACGGCCACGGAGUGCACAAAAAAAAGCACAAGAAGCACAAGAAGAAACACAAGAAGAAGCACCAUCAGGAAGAGGAGGCUGGGCCCACGCAGUCGUCUCCUCCCAAGCCUCAGCUUAAACUCAAAAUCAAGUUGGGCGGACAGGUUCUGGGCACCAAAAGUGUUCCUACCUUCACUGUGAUCCCUGAGGGACCUCGGUCACCCUCACCCCUAAUGGUUGUGGACAAUGAAGAGGAACCUAUGGAAGGAGUUCCCCUUGAGCAGUACCGUGCCUGGCUGGAUGAAGACAGUAAUCUGUCCCCCUCCCCACUUCGGGACCUGACCGGGGGCUUAGGGGGUCAGGAGGAAGAAGAGGAACAGAGGUGGCUGGAUGCCCUGGAGAAAGGGGAGCUUGAUGACAAUGGAGAUCUCAAGAAGGAGAUCAAUGAGCGGCUGCUCACUGCUCGACAGCGAGCUUUGCUCCAGAAGGCGCGGAGUCAGCCUUCCCCUAUUCUGCCGCUGCCUGUGGCUGGGGGCUGCCCAGCCCCGGUCCUCACGGAGGAGAUGCUGCUGAAGCGCGAGGAGCGGGCGCGGAAGAGACGGCUGCAGGCGGCGCGACGGGCGGAGGAGCACAAGAACCAGACUAUUGAGCGCCUCACCAAGACUGCGGCGCCCACCGGGCGGGGAGGCCGAGGAGCCGCGCGGGGCGAGCGGCGGGGAGGGCGGGCCUCAGCCCCAGCCCCCAUGGUGCGCUACAGCAGUGGGGCACAAGGUUCCACCCUUUCCUUCCCACCUGGAAUCCCCGCCCCCGUGCCAGUGUCUCAGCGGCCAUCUUCUUCAGCCCCUCCUCCUCGAUGCUCUGUCCCCGGUUGCCCCCACCCGCGCCGCUAUGCCUGCUCCCGCACCGGCCAGGCGCUCUGCAGCCUUCAGUGCUACCGCAUCAACCUGCAGAUGCGGUUGGGGGGCCCAGAGGGCCCCGGAUCCCCCCUUUUGGCUACCUAAGACCCUUAUCUAACCCAGACUCUGCGCUCUCUCCCCAAUUCCACUGUAUUCCCCAUCCUAUUAAAUUUCCUCCGGUGCCUCGA